UGCAAAAGAUGCCUCAAACCAAUCAUCGAGGGCCAUGCUUUUGAAUUAGGCGAUGACAGAUGGCAUAUGUAUUGUUUCAGUUGCUCAAAUUGCAAUAAAAAACUAGGCAUCAACUCAGAAUUUUUGGUUCUUGGUACUGGUGCUUUAGUUUGUGAAGAUUGCACUUAUUAUUGUAAAAAUUGUAAGAAAAAAAUCUCAGAUUUAGCUAUUCUAACUGGUGAUGAAGCUUACUGUUCAAAUUGUUUUAAAUGUAGAAAUUGCAAAAGAAAGAUUCAAGAUUACAGAUAUGCUAGAACUUCAAAAGGUCUCUUUUGCAUGAAUUGUCAUGAAAAAUUACUAGCAAAAAAAAUUAAACAUGAU